AUGGACAACGACCAGCAAACCAACGACAUAACGGAAAAUCCGAUUCACACUCAAUCAGCAGAGGAAUUUCAAUCACUAGAGCAGGUUUGUUUACCGGAGGAACAGCCAGGAACAAGUCAUCAAAAUAACGAAGACGUGGAUAUGCUAGAAAUCAAACACGAACGCGACGACAAUAUAAAUUCAGUAAUUUAUGAACAAAGCAUUCCAAUCUCAUCAUCAGUAGAAAUCAAAAUGGAAUCAAAACUUGAGUCAAAUAAUAUCAAAAUCGAAGAACCGGACCAGACAGAUUCAUCUCCUGAUACAAGUAGGACAACAAGUGCUUUUGACGAAGAAGAUGGUACUGAAAAAGUUUUUGAGGAAGAAGUGGUCGAGGAACAAGUUGUUCAAGAAGGAGUUGUCCAGGAAGAACUUAUUGAAUGUUAUGUAGCAUCAGAAAAACUUGAUAAAAUUGUUCAGGAACGCAUGCUUUUACAAGAUGAAAUUUUAUUUUAUUGCGAGUAUUGUUCACUCGACUUUGCAGCACAGGCAUAUCUUACCAGACAUGAACAUACCAAAAAGCACGCAAGAGCAGUAAUAAUGGCACGUAGAGGAAGAUGGACAAAACAAAAGGCUAGAUAUAAAAGAAAAAAUCCAGUCAAAAUUCCUCAAAAGUUCCAAAAAGCCAAGAUAAUUUCAGCAAUUAUAAAUAAGUCAAAAAACAAACAAAGUCAAAAAGCUGCAGAAAAAAAGCCAAAAACGUCGACAUUAGAGCAAAAAGAUCAUCAUGUCGUACCUGAAAUGAACAAUGUUACUCCAACAUCCACACAAUUUGGUUCUGGAUUGGGAACUCUUUAUGACGACGAAUCUGUUUAUCAUAUCCAAGAAAUUGAAGAGUAUUCACAAGCUCAAAAUUGUAUUUCACCAAGUGAAGAAGAUUCAGUGGUACCUAGUAUUAGUCAUCAACAGUCACAGGACUUAGUUCCAAGUACAAAUAGACUACAGCUUCAAGAUAUAGUUCCAAGCACCAGUAGACAACAGCCUCAAUACUUAGUUCCAAGUACUAGUAGACAACAACUUCAACAUUUGAUUCCAAGCACCAGUAGACAACAGCCUCAAUACUUAGUUCCAAGUACUAGUAGACAACAACUUCAACAAUUGAUUCCAAGCACCAGUAGACAACAGCCACAAUACUUAGUCCGCAGUCCUAGUACACAACAACUUCAACACUUGAUUCCAAGCACAAGUUAUCAACUGUCACAAAACUUAGUUCCAAGCACUAGCUAUCAACAGUUUCGAAAUUUAAUUCCAAGCACCAGUAGACAACAACCUCAAUGUUUAAUUCCAAGCACAAGUAGACAACAGACUCAACACUUUGUUCCAAGUAAUAAUAGAGAACAUCUUGCAGACAUAGUUUCAAGAACCAGUAGACAACAACCACGAGUAUAUGCUCAAAGUUUGACUCCUUUAUAUGAAAAUUAUGUACAAAAACUACAAAUGUUAUCAAGUGUCUUUAGUCAAUUGUCUACGAUACAACCACAAAGUUUAAGUAUUCAAAGCACCAGCAGUCAAAAAACUCAGAAAUCAGCUCACAAUUCGCUUAAGCAGGAAAAGCAUAACAAGCCCGUCAAACCAUACAUUUGCAAAUUUUGUGGACGUGAAUAUGCUCGACGUGAUUAUUUUGAAAAGCAUGUUAAUAGUCAUUUAAAGACAGAGAAUUCUUAAAGAUUAGAGAUGAUUAGCUAAUGGAAACAAGAGACUACUGAUUUUAAAAUCUAAUGAUUUAAGUUUAUAGAACGAAAGUUGACCAACAGAAUAACAUUAAGGAACAUUAAAGAAAUGACGAAGUUGAAA